GGCAGCAGUCCAGGCCAGUACCCAGCGGUUUCCGUUGACGGCGAAGUUACCUUUUGUAAGGGACUCAAUACAGGGAUGCUGCCGCAUACAUAUCACAUAAGUUCGACCCUAAACAUUAAGGCCACGACGUUAUCCGCCCGAUCGACAAAUAUUUCACAAAUAAUACGCUGCGUUAAAACGGAUUAAUAUCACGGUUGUCCGCAAAAUCGUCAAUUGUCGAAGGUGCUUUAUAAAAUUAUCGCGAUCAUGUCCAUGAGGGAGGGCAUGCUUCGGAUCGAUUGGGAAACAACCGGGCGGAAAGAUAACUUUGCGUAACGUAUCUCACGCUACUGCAGUUCUCGAUCGUACGAUUAAGAAAAAACGAAAAAGAAACCAACUGCCUAAUCCGGAGCUUGCAGACCCCGAGGAACUCUUUCCGGCGCAUCUCCGAAUGAGGGUUUGACUAAUCGGGCAAAAUAAAGCCUCGAAGACUGAUACGGUGGUACCGUCGGCGCAGCUGGUUUUGAACGCUCCUGAAAAUUAUCUUUUCGAAAAUCUACUGUGUUUCGUGCGCGUGUGUGUGUGUGUGUUGUUUUUUUUUGUUGUCCUCUGAAAUUCAUCACCGUUUUUUUUUUUUUUUUAAUGAAUUCGUACAUGACUCACCUGAUCCUUGACGAUCGCCAGGGCAUUCGUUUGAAUGAUGAAAUUGAUUUCAACGAUAAAUAUUCGCCGCAAAGAGUGUGCCGGAGUGUCUUUCGACCCGAUAACAGAAUGUCAUUGAUGGUACUGAAUAUCUUCAGUGCCGAUCGACGUUCGUAAAAAAGAUAAUCGAGUGCGGUGUGACGUUGUGAUAUUUACUUCGAAUCGAAACUCUGGCAUGGUGUGAUUUGGGCAUUCUUCAUCUGCGCGAAUCGAAAGUCGAAUCGUGAACGACUUGAAAAAUAAAUAUUUGGAAUCACGGACCGGAAAGACUCGACCGAGGCACUAUGCGCUUCGUUGUCUUCGCAAGUUCGUAAAUUGCGCUUUGGUGUGAUAAAAAAAAGUGGAAGAAAACGUCCGUCGACGGUAAUGCGGUGUUGUUAUUUCGGUCGACCGACAGUACAUUCUAGGUCGUAGACGAUGCCAGUUCUGUCGGCGUUCACAUAGCCGUAAGAAGCCCUCAGGUUCACGUAUUAUAUCUACAGACCUGAUCCCUCCCUCGACUCUCCAAAAACUCAUUGUCGGUGUGAAGUUACACGGGGCAAUAUAUGCUGUUCGUAUACGACGGGAGCACAGUCCAGGAAUACUGCAAAAGUUGACCUAGUUAAAGCCGAGAGUACCUUCGGUAUAAACUUGGUAUACACCGUAUCGAUACCGAUGAUGCAUUUCAAACGUGAAAUGAAUUCGGCAAUGACAAGAUUUUUACUAGCGAUCGGUAUGAUAUGCGCCAGUAUAUUCGGCGAAGCAUUGUCCUUCGUACUGGAAGGUACGUCUACUAGUUACGCUCAAUUCCGGAAAUGGAACGCCGGAUUAAACGGCACUUUGGAAUUCGAGUUUAAAACCGAUCAAGGAAGUGGUCUACUUCUGUACACGGAUGACGGUGGUACUUACGAUUUCUUUGAAAUUAAAUUAGUAGAAAGUGCUUUGAGGUUGAGAUACAAUCUUGGAGGUGGUGCGCAAAUUGUUACCGUUGGUAGAGACCUUGGAGAUGGUCAUUGGCACAAAGUACAGGUUAAUCGUAAUAACGAGAAUACCACACUGAUUGUUGAUGGUAUUAGUGCGACAUCGACAUCGCGUGGAAAAGAAUUUCAAUUUGGUAAAUUGAUAGGAAACUCAGAUGUAUAUAUCGGUGGUAUGCCCAGUUGGUAUAACAGCAAGUUAACAUUGUUAGCACUGCCGAGUGUUAUUUUUGAACCGAGGUUCAACGGCGUUAUUAGAAACCUUGUCUACGCUGAUGGGGAUACAAUUUCAUCGAGAAGACAGGAAAUGAAAAGUCGAGACGCCAAGUGCACGGGCUUUCCAUGUGCAGAGAAUAUCAACAAGAGAAAAGCACCGAGGAGUUUGCGAAGCAUGACAACCAGCCCGGCAAACACGACGGACGCGUGCGAGGUUCACGAUCCCUGUCAACACGGCGGUAUUUGCAUUUCGACGGACAGUGGGCCAAUCUGCGAAUGUCGUACCGGCGACUACGAGGGAGUAUACUGCGAAAAAGAGGCAUGGAGCACAGUGCUACCAACAGCUGGUACCGACGAAUUCUGGGAAUGGGAUUACAACAAGGCACCCUCGGAAGCAACUUUCAGAGGUACCGAGUACCUCACCAUUGAUCUGAGCAAGACCGAACCGGUUCUCAGUACACAAGAAUCCAUCAGCCUCUUCUUCAAGACCAGGCAACCCAACGGAUUACUCUUUUACUCCGGUGAAGGAGGCGACUAUCUGACGGUUUCUUUGAAAGAUGGCGGCGCGGCCGUCGGUAUGACUUUAGCUAACGGAAGGUUGGAUCUUCACAUAAAACCGUCGGGGGUGCGUUUCGACGACAACCAAUGGCACAGGAUCGUCGUUCACAGGCGAGUCCAAGAGAUUUCAUCGAUCACCAGCUUCUGCAGGUUAUCGGCGGUAGUUGACGCCGUUUUUGCCGAUCACGGACACACCGCUGGAGCUUUUACGAGGUUGGCUAGCGACAGACUUUUCGUCGGUGGGGGUGCAGAUGCAAGAUCACUUCAAGGGGCUAAAGGAAUCAACAAUUUUGUCGGAUGUCUACGGAAGGUGGAGAUCGCCGCCGAAGGCGUCAGAAUGGAAUUGAUCGAAGCUGCUAAAAGUGGAGCUGCGGGUGCGGCGGCUUGGGGUAGAAUAGAAUUUCAUUGCCAAGACCCAAAAGCUGACCCAGUCACUUUUACCACCAGAGACUCUCAUCUCGGGUGCCAAUCGUUGGACGUUGCCUUGAAGAAGGCCUCGGCGGUGAUCAACAGGCGGUUACACGGAGCCCUGGUCACCUUCACCAGUCCAGAGUCCCACCUGGUUCUCCCACCGUGGAAAGCUGCCAAAUCUGGAAGUAUAUCGUUCAGAAUUCGAACAAAUGAACCCAACGGUUUAGUCAUGUACAGUAAAAGCGGUGGUCACACCAGGACGGACCUAUUCGCCUUCGAAAUACUAGGUGGACACCUCUACCUUCACGCCGACCUUGGCAGUGGGCCUGUCAAGGUCAGAGCGUCGCGACGCCGUGUCGAUGACAGCACAUGGCAUGACGUUGCAUUGCGUAGGGUAGAACGUGAUGGACGAUUAACCGUCGAUGGGGUUACCGCCGAAUUCCGUACACCGGGUGAUUCGACGCAGCUGGAUUUGGACGGUUUGCUGUACAUUGGCGGCGUCGGGGCGCCUUUCGCACCUUUGACGGUACCCCCGGUUUUGUGGAGCGGCGCUCUCAGACAAGGCUACGUUGGUUGCAUGAGGGAUCUUGUGAUCAAUGGAAAUCCCGUCGAUAUCGCUGGAUACGCUCAACAACAAGAUUCUGGCGCUGUCAGACCUGCCUGCCACGUUCAAUCCGCACAUUGCUCUUCACAGCCGUGCAUGCACGGCGGCCAUUGCUUAGAAGGGUGGAACAGAUUUCACUGCGAUUGUACGGGAACGCCGUUCACGGGACCAACUUGCGGCAAAGAUGCGUCGACCUUGCACUUGAACGGUACGCAACAAAUGACCGCUCUGAUGCCGGAGGAUUCGAGAACCCAGGCGGAAGAAGUCGUUGUUCGUUUCAAAACGACGCAACCUCGCGGUUUGCUACUGGCGACAAGCCUUGAAAAUAGUUCAGAUCGACUACAGCUUUCCCUCGAGGAGGGCAAGGCGAAAAUGCUCAUUCACAUAGGUGACCGUGAAAAGAUCCUAACGGCGGGCCAAGGACUCAACGACGACACUUGGCAUACGCUUAGAUUUUCUCGGAGGUCGAGUUCUCUGAAACUUCAAAUAGACGACGAACCUGCAGUACGCGCUGAAACUCUUUUGGGGAAGCAAAGCAUCCUUGAAUUUCGAACGCUACACGCCGGCGGUUACCUGCACGCUGAACACGACGCGCCGAACUUCGUUGGCCAACUUCAACAAGUUUGGUUCAACGGUUAUCCUUAUCUAGAAAUAGCACGGAGUGCCGGAUCUCAUCAAGGAUCUCACCAAGGAGUUACUCCGAUCAUCAGGGUCACCGGGAAAUUCGGGAAAAGAAACCACCCCGUUCAUCAUCCCGUCACGUUCACUUCCAAACACACAUUCGUCGGACUCCCGGUUCUCAAAGCCUACGUGGAAACCAACGUCUACUUUCAAUUCAAAACCCGCGAGGCGAACGGUCUUCUGCUCUACAACGCGGGUCGUGAGCGUGACUUUAUUGCCGUCGAGUUGGUCAAUGGUCACGUACAUUACGUGUUCGACCUUGGGGACGGUCCGGUACGAAUUCGGGACAACUCGAGGUCUCGGCUUAACGAUGGAAAAUGGCACGCCGUCAGCAUCGGCCGUCCAGCGCCCAGAAGACAUACUUUAGCCGUCGACGACCACGUUGCCAUCGUCAAUAGCCCUGGAAGCAACGAAAAUUUGGACUUGGACGGGAUCCUUUACAUUGGUGGCGUUGAAAAAUCGCAGUACGCCCAGCUACCGAAACAGAUAUUAAGUCGUCACGGUUUCGAGGGUUGCUUAGCCUCUCUCGACCUGAGCGGAGAAAGUCCAGAUCUCCUGUCGGAUGCAGUCGUCCCUUCCUCCUCGGUCGAAUCGGGAUGCGACACGUCCGCAGGACAUUCGGGAAAACGAUGCACCCACGACGUCUGCGCUAAUCACGGAUUAUGCGUUCAACAAUGGAACAGCUACACCUGCGAUUGCGACAUGACCAGUUUUACGGGGCCAACAUGCAGCGACGAAGCAACAGCCUAUGAAUUUGGCUCGGCGAGGGGCCUCAUAACGUAUACGUUCGCGGCAGACCGAAGACCGGAAAUGAAGAGAGACACCGUCGCGCUGGGAUUUGCCACCGGGAUAAGUGACGCCGUUUUAUUGAGGAUAGAAUCGGCGUCCAGCAACGACUACCUCGAGAUUGAAAUUGUGGAAGGGAACGUGUUCGCUGUUUACAAUAUGGGAACGAACGAUCAUCCGAUCGGUGAUGUUGGCGUUAAAGUAAACGACAAUCAAUAUCACGUUGUCAGAUUAUCGAGAACUGGUGCAAACAGCAGUCUACAAGUUGACGACUACAAUGUGCAGUCAAAUCAUCCCUCCGGUCAUCAGCUGAUGGUUUUCAACAGCCAGUCAACGAUCCAGAUCGGAGGACGUUGGAAUCGCAGUAAGGGUAGAGUGGAACGACCUUUCCUCGGUGUCAUAGCUGGAGUGGUCGUAAACGGUGCUCGAAUUCUUGACUUGACGGCCGCCAGGGAUCCAAGAACCUCCACGAGAGGUGACGUGCAACUUCUCCCCGUGGGAAGUCUUCUGGAUAGAGCAGCUCCGUUGCAAAGGAUGCAACAGACUCCGGCAUCUGGUUUGCCCGGAGUGGUUGAUGACCUUAUUUUUUCUGGAGCCGGAAGUGGAUGUGCCGGUGACGACGAAGACGAAGAAUGUUCACCAAUAAUUGUAUCUGGUUCCGGUAAGUAUGAUUUGAUAACACCGGUGUAUGUCGCACCCACCCGGUCACCGGUUACCUUCAAGCCCAAGGGUUAUAAAGAAAAUAUUCAAGAAAGACCAUCCUGUGAUGAUGAGGAGGACUGUGAAGUUGGAUCUGGAGACCCUGGGACCACAGAAGAAAUAUUCGUCACUGCAGCUACAGAUUCGAGCGCAGUUUCGUACACAACAUUACGGGGUAGUUCAACGAGUCAUUCGACGACGCAGACGCUGCCAGGUUCUGCUUCAACGCCAUCCCGUGGAGGAGUCUUUGUGGUUUCCACGCAACACGCUGGUACGACACAAUUCAACGCUUCUUCAACCGGCGCUGACUCCAGCCAUGACAGUAGCAGUACCGUGACCCAUAGAGUGACUAGUACAGUGGGAACAACGUCUGAGGCAACAACAACUGACAUGAUGGAGCCACCACCACCGCCUCCGCCACCGAUAUAUCCGCCAAUUUCUACGCCCCCGAGGACGACUACUAACAACAAUAAUAACAAAAGGAUAACUUCAGAAGCGGCUGAAAACGCUGCACUCAUUAUCGGAAUAAUAGCCGGAGCUUUGAUAGCGAUUGUACUGAUAAUACUGAUAAUCCUCAAGUUCAAAAACCGACCGGAAACUAGCUACAAAGUUGACGAGACCAAAAACUUUUGCCAAGAUCCAAACGCCGCGCUUUUGGGAGCUGCUGGUUCCGAACAAGCGUUUAAUGGUGCUCUUAAAAAUGGCGCUGGUGGGGCUAGUAAAAACGGCAGGAAACAAGAACUCAAAGAUAUUAAGGAAUGGUACGUCUAAGAGGGAAUGUUAUUAUUACGGUUAAUUUAUUAUUAGGUAAAGAAUGUUUAAAGGUUCGACGGUUGGACAAAAUUAAUGAAGAUGGCGACUACGCACUCGGCUCACUUAUUUUUUUAUGAUGGGCAUGCUACAAUGUUGUUCUCUCAAUUUUUCAUUAUCACUUCUAUAUCGAAUCUUAAUCCAGAGUUAAUUCAGUAAUCGUCAUGAUUUUUCGAUUGUACUUAAAAAUGUUUCUUAACUUAACAAUAUUUUUUUUGAUUUCAAUUGAUUUCUGAAGCCCAUGAAAAAUUUCCAAACAAUUUUUCACUGGAUUUCCGCAAGGAUGCAUGGGGAUUUUCAAGGAUAUUUAUUAUAAUUUAUACACCAAGAAUAUUUCAAUAGUGUGUACAUUGAUGUCACGAUUUCACUGACUUCUACCUGUUAGUAACAAAUGUCAGCUGGUAUUCCAAUUGAAAUGAUUUAGCAAUUGUUAUGAAUAUCGAAGCUAAAACCCUCGAUCGAGUAAAAAUACCAUCUUCUGUAGAAUAUGCAAUUGGAGAGACAGAUUUUACAGUCUUUUCAUAUUCAGAGAGAAAAAAAAGUCAGUCAACUCGUGAAAUUUGUCAUCGAUUCCCUUAUAUCGUCGGAUAAAUUCUGGCCACUAAAACUGUGAAAAUGAAAUCCCUUAUACUCAACAUCAUAAACUAUGAUUUUUUUUCAGAUCAAAAAUUUUAUUUAUUCACUAAUAAAAUGUUAUCCUAAUGAAAUUUUGUCAUUUCGCUUACCCUUUCAUAUGAUAUCUGAACAUCUAAAUACUAUUGUAGAUUAACGGAUGAUACAGGGUGUUCUUAAUUUUUCAAAUUAUUAUCGUGAAAUAAAUUAAAAUAUGCCGCCAUCUUCUUUAACGAUAGAGACAAAAAAAAAAUAUAAUAUGCAGCGAUCCAAGACUGAUUGUGUUACAAAAAAAUUGAAAUUAUAACUUUUGAAAAUUACGCCUAGAUCCGGGCAAACCCCCUCCCCCUUUCCCCUUCGCUCCUUCUGCCCUGAUAAAAUGGGAACUUUAGGCGCAAGAACUACAAGAAAUUAUGUCAGAGAUGUAUGAAUGCGUGAAUUUGUAUCUGUGACUUAACGAAUCGAUUUAUGAAAUACGCUGAAAACGUACGAAUUAAGUAGAAAGAAGUUAAAACCGACGGCGAAAAAGAAAAAUGUUAUCACCGAGUCAUCGCAUCAUCUUAUUGGCGUAACAAUUAUGUAUACUAAUGGUAUAUCCACUAAAUAAUAAUGAUAAUGAAAAUAAUGAUUACAACAUUAAUGAUACAAAUACUAUUAAUAACAAUAUGCUCCUACAUUAAAAUAUAGAAAACCCGUGUAAAGAUAUUAAUUAUUAGUCAACAAUUUUUCCUAUGUUAUAGAUAACAAAUCAUGAAUAAAAUAUAAAAAUAAAUUACAGAAUCUAGACGCAGGUUCUGCUAUAGAUGUUCGCUCGACAUUUCUCUUUUUUUUUCUUUUCUAUUUCUAGCGAUGUAAGCGCUCAAAAGAAAAGAAAAAAAAGCUUACGAGUUGUUCAAUAAUUAUUUAUAGCAAAAUUUUGAAUUUUCCUAGUCAUUGUUGUUACUAUUAAAUAAUGAUUUCAUCAAUGAUACUUGAAAGGAAGGAACAGAAAACAACACUGCUGAACUCACAUUACCCGCGGGCUUUUGAAUAGGACUGAUUUUUUUCUGCAUAUAGUGAUCUUUGAUAAUUAUUAUAUAUCCACGUAUUGUUGUAUAGUAAAAAAAAACAAACCAAAAAUACCGUUUAUAUAUAUAUGAUCUGCAAUGUAGUAUACCUAUACGUAUAUUUCAAAAAAAAAUUAAUCAAGAUAUAAAUAUAUGUAUAGAUAUAUCAUUGUACAUUAGAUAAUUACAUAUGAACAUAUAGAUAUAUAUCAAUUGUGUUAUAAAUGUAAAUUGUUUAUUAAAUUAUUAUUAAUUACACUACAUAGGAAUAAUAAUUGCAUAAUAAUAAUAAAAGUAAUAAUGAUAAUAAUACUAAUAAUAACACUAAUAACAAUAAAAGUAAUAAUAAUAAUAAUAAUAAUAAUAAUAAUAAUAAUAAUAAUAAUAAUAGGUUUCAAGAAUCAGAAUCGCGAGUAUUAAUAUUAUUACUAAGUCAUUGAAAAAAAGAUUCAAUAAUAAAGAUAAUAACAAGCAAACAUAUGAAAUAUAAGAUUACAUAGUUAAUAAUGAAUAAAAAUUAAGAGAAUAAAAUUUUAAUUAAUUAAUACAGCACCCGAAAAACUUAUGAAACUUUAAAUAAAUAAAUCAACCUGCAGUAGCAUGCAAUAUGCUUGUUAUACAUAUAGAUAUUAUUUACAAGUAUGUAUAAAUCCGAUAUAUAUAUGAAUAACGAUAAUAUUAUAUUAUACACAGGGUGUGACUGCAGUAUUGCCGCAAUAUAUUUAAGAAAUGGAACGAAAGAAAACAGGAAAAAUCAUACAUACAUAUAAAUGCGUUAUUUCAAAGUUGAAGCUAAUUAUGAACCUCGGUUUCAAUAAUCGUUAUUAAAUUAUGCACAAAAUAAGAAUAAACUUUAUGUAAUUCAUAAAAGUGGUGUAUAGCAGAGUGUUAAUAAUCCGCCUUGAUUUCAGGCAUUCCAUUGAACUUGACUGUAAUCCUAUAACGUUGAAAUUUUCAACAGUUAACCAACAAUAUUUAGGUGUAAAAGUAAUAUUGCUCAUCAGAUUUUUAACCGCUGAACGACAACAAGCCACGCUCACUGCAUUUUUUUUAAAAUAAGUUGAAUUGCCGACUUGAGAGUUGUUUUCAUUUACAUCCAUAAUUAUCAUUACUUUAAAAUAGAUAUCCUAAUCUUCGAAAUACUGUAAUCACAUUGUUAACGUUCUAUAAAAAAUUGAUCAAACGAAAAAAUGAACAUCCAACACAAAAAUGCUUUUCUUCUGCGCAAAAUCGCCAAUGAAACGGCUCUGUGCAUUGAGCAAAAGUGCAGAAGUGAUUUUCAACUAUAUGUCGAAUUAUUCUAGCUUUUUGAAAGUUUCAUGUGAAAACCAGAAUCAAACAAUGUCCAAGAAUUCGCGCGAUGCGAAAAUGAAACUUGCGGAUCCUUCUCUUCAGGUCCGCUAUGUCUUUCGCUGAAGUAACUAGAAAAAUAAUAAAAAUAAUGUUAAUAACAACAAUAAUAAUAAUUAUAAUUAUGCUUAUCAUAAUGAAGACACUGUGACUGAGAAAAGACAACAAAGAAAAGAAAAACUAUAAAGUGAAAAUAAUUGAUACGUGUAUUAUAAUAUUACAUAGAUACCUGUAGGGUAUGAAAAUUACAAUAAAUAAAUGGACGAUUCAAAAGUGUACAGUAACAAUAAUAAUAAUACUAAGAAUAACCAUAACAAGAAUAAUAAUCAAUAAUAAUACUUACUUUUGUUGCAUCAAAAAUAUAUCCAGUAGGGGUCAGAUCGGACAUUACUAUAGCCACUUAGAUUCAUUUUUUUUAUAUGAUUCGAACGGGUUUUCUGAAUCCAACGACGAAAACGAAGACAGAAAAAAAUGAAACUAAAUCGUAUACAUAUAGACCGUGAGAAAUUAUAUAAAUAAUAUUAGCAUAUUAUAAUUCCCACUGAAUGAUCGCCAUCUUCUUGUUCUUCUUCUUCUACUUGUCCUUAUUCUUCUUAUUCAUCGUCGUCGGGACGUGAAUUUAAGGUAUGUGUCUAUUAUUCUUAUCUAUAUAUACAAUGAUUGUGCUGUUAUUUCUAUUUAAAUGAUGGAAAGAAUACGAAGUAUUAUAAUAAAUUACGUUUAUCUAAUUCACGCCACAUUCUACAUGAAUUUUCAAUAAAUCACGUUUAUUGUAUAAAGUUCCACGUUGUUUUCACUGAUGCUUGAUUGAAUAUACUAUAGGAUAUUUUUAUGAAAACUUAUCAGAGACAAAAAUAGAUAAGCAUAUUAUAAAGCCUACGCAUUGAAAGCGAGGGUUUUCAAAUUUAAUUGGCGGUAUGUGUUUUCAAACACAAUCAGAAGUAUUAACAUUAUUAGAAAAACAAUUGAAAGCCAAAUGCAAGAUGGAAUAUAAAAAGCACUAACGAUAAGUUGGCACCAAUCUGUCAAUUCAAUUUUUGGUCAUUUAGAAUAAUGUAUACCCUUAAUAUUAUCAUAAUAACUUAAAAAAUGUCAAAUCCCUAUUAGGUGUACGGAAAAAAAAACUUGAAGAAAAAUCAUUGCACGUUCAAAUUUGUCACAAUUACCUUGAUCACGCCUAUCUUGUAAUUUCUUUAGGUGUAUAAAUUGGAUCCAAUUAGAUGCAUAUAAUCAUGAGACUUUCAUAUCUGACCAGAUCUAGAAUCAAAUUUAGAAGUUGAAAACAGUUGGAUCCAGUCGAUCCAGUUGGAUCUACAAACUAACCGAUUGAUCUGGAAGGAUCUAUAGUUUGAUCAAAGCUGUAAUCCGAUAUUAGAUCAAAAUAUCGAUAUCAUAGUGAAUUCCACCGCCAAUUUCCGAUGAUGAUCUGCAUAUCCUAAAUCUUGAUCGAUCAAUAUAUAUUGACAGAAAAAAAAGAAACAAUCUUCGCAUGUUUGACCAAUCAAUUAAUCAAAUAAUCAAUUGACAAUAAACAUGAUUAUUAAUUAAUUGUUUUCAUCUCUCAUGGUUAUUCAUUAAUUAUUUUUAUCAUUCACUUUCAUAUUUCAUACGUAUGUACACAUCAUUUAAUUUUAUAAUCUCUUCAUUACACUACUAAUAUAACAUUUGAAAAGGGUUUUAAACUGAACCAAUCGAAUGAAGCGACAGAACCAGUUGUAUGUACGUUCAUAUCUUCUAAUAAGUAUAUCGUCGAUAUUAAUUGAUUGAUUGAUUAACUGAUUGAUCGAUUGAUUAACCCUUUCAUUAGUAUCUGUUAUACAUAUAUGUAUGUAUAUAUUUAUACUUAUCAUCCUGGCGGUUUUACACCUGUUAUAAUCGGAAAUGAGAAAUAUAUUAUUACUAUACCUAAAUCAACAUUCGCAAAAUAAUGAGAACAACAAUAAUAAUAAGAUCAUCCACGACAGUGAUAAUGAUAUUAUUAUUAAAUAGUAGUAGUAGUAAUAAUAAUAAUAAUAAUAAUAAUAAUAAUAAUAAUAAUAAUAAUAAUAAUAAUAAUAAUAACAACAACAAUAAUAAUAAUAAUAAUAAUAAUAAUAAUAAUAAUAGAGAUGCUAGUUAGAUGGAAUUAUAUUUUAUGUUACUGUACAUAAAAUAAUCCUAUAUCACCCGGAAUACACUAAUGAUAUAUGUAAACAUGAAUCAUCAUAUACAUAUAUGUAUAAUGUAGUAUUUAAAUACAUGAUUAUGAAUUAUCUAAUGUAUCGUUAAUGAUUGUUAUACGUAUUAUAGGUAGCAGGUGUGAAUAACUACAUGACUCGCAGCAUUUUCAAUUACAGUUAUAUUUUUGUGGAUGCUUUUUGUUUAUUUAUUAUCAAGUAUCAUCUGUCUAAAGCGUAGUAUACAUACAUAUACGGGCAUGGAAAGAACGAUUGAUUGAGAACUAAUUUUAUGAAGAAAAAAAACUAAAUGAAUAGCGCUAUACCCAUAGUAAUACCAUAUGAAAAUUUGGCAUAAUUAUACAUAUAUACAUUAAUUUAGGCAUGAUAAGUAUAUUUUAAAUUCCACUAUUAUUACACCCCGAGAUUAUAUGAAAUAUGUAAAUAAUUACAAAAUAUACCUUGGUCAUCUGAUAAUGUUAUGAUACUAAGAAUUAAAUAAUGAUUAAUAAAAUGAAUAAAGUGCUGAAAGAAUAACUGUAAUAUAAA